CAAAUCUGAAUGACUGAGCAAGGCGAAAGGAGAAUCAAUCAACCACAAUGUGACCCUACAGGCGGAAAAAACAGCACUCCCACCAGCAAGCGAUGGGGGAAGGGAAGCACAUGUAAUCAGGGCAAUGUUGCAUCAUGUACUUAUGCUUGCUUUUUAAGGCUUUCUUCUUUCUUUCUUCUUCUUUUUUUUAUUUUUUUAUUUGUGUUCUCCUUUCACAGUAAUGUGUAAGGAUCAAAGAAAAAUGUGCUAACCCAUUAAGAACCAGAUCAGGGUCGUACACAAAAUCUGCUGAAAAAUAAGUCUUUUUUUUUUGGGGGGGGGGGAGGGGGAUAAUUGAAAAAACAAUUUUAGUGUAAUCCGUUCUGCUGAAUCACAAUUAUGGAGAUCCUGACCUACAGAGUUAUCAUGCAGAGUUUAUAGGAAGAAAGGAAAGUCAAUGGACUAGGAGUGUUGUUCCAGCAAGAAGUUGAUCCAGCCUGCUUUUCGGAACUACAAAGCUGUCUCUUUCUAGACCACAUCUAGUGUGAGGUGCCAUCUGUUUAAAAGCUGGCUGUGGUAAAGGAUCCAAAAAGAAUAAGAAAACGUGGAUUGGCAACCUGUAUCCUCAAUAGCGGGAAUCUCACUUCCUGUAGACCUCAUCAUUUUGAGGUGGGGCUAAGAUGAGCAUAACCAGUGACGAGGUGAAUUUCUUGGUGUAUCGCUAUCUUCAGGAGUCAGAUUCAACCUUCAAGACAACAAUGGUAUUACUACAAAUAGAAACUGGCAGCAAAGAAGAAUUAUCCUACGCUGCCCUAACCACGGAUAGCAUGAAAUAAGGACACAUGCCCUCGCUACAGUGAAGUUUCUCUCACUCAGCAUUUACAUUCGGUAUUGAAAGCCACAUCAGUCAGUCCAACAUCAAUGGGACUUUAGUGCCACCUGCAGCUCUCAUCUCCAUCCUGCAGAAAGGUUUACAGUAUGUGGAAGCUGAGAUCAGCAUCAAUGAAGAUGGAACAGUCUUUGACGGUCGGCCGAUAGAGUCCCUGUCUCUGAUUGAUGCCGUGAUGCCGGAUGUUGUACAGACAAGACAACAAGCCUUCAGAGAGAAGCUGGCUCAACAGCAAGCUGCGACCGCGGCAUGUUCACUAAGUGCGGUACCUGUCACCACUGCGUCAGCAGCUCCUGCACAACAACAGAACACACCAAAGAAUGGAGCAGCCACUGUGAAUGGUGAAGAAAAUGGGGCACAUGCAAUAAAUAACCAUACAGAACCAAUGGAAAUUGAUGGCGAUGUGGAAAUUCCAUCAAACAAAGCAACGGUCCUUCGUGGACAUGAAUCAGAGGUAUUCAUAUGUGCCUGGAAUCCAGUCACUGAUCUUCUAGCAUCUGGAUCAGGGGAUUCAACAGCAAGAAUAUGGAAUUUGAAUGAAAACAGUAGCAGCAACUCCACUCAGCUAGUUUUACGACACUGUAUACGAGAAGGUGGGCAAGAUGUUCCAAGCAACAAAGAUGUUACUUCAUUGGAUUGGAAUGCUGACGGCACUCUCUUAGCUACAGGUUCUUAUGAUGGCUUUGCAAGAAUCUGGACACAGGACGGUAACCUUGCAAGCACUUUAGGUCAACAUAAAGGUCCCAUUUUUGCACUGAAGUGGAAUAAGAAGGGGAAUUACAUACUGAGUGCUGGAGUUGAUAAGACAACAAUAAUCUGGGAUGCUCACACGGGAGAGGCAAAACAACAGUUUCCCUUCCAUUCAGCUCCUGCCCUGGAUGUGGACUGGCAGAAUAAUACCACAUUUGCCUCUUGUAGCACAGACAUGUGUAUUCAUGUUUGCAGACUUGGUUGUGAUCGCCCAGUCAAAACCUUCCAAGGACACACAAAUGAAGUUAAUGCUAUUAAAUGGGACCCAUCAGGGAUGCUUCUGGCCUCAUGCUCAGACGAUAUGACAUUAAAGAUAUGGAGUAUGAAACAAGAUGUGUGCGUACAUGAUCUGCAGGCCCACAAUAAGGAAAUUUACACAAUUAAAUGGAGUCCAACAGGUCCCAGCACCAGCAAUCCUAACUCAAACAUAAUGUUAGCAAGUGCGUCAUUCGAUUCAACAGUCCGACUCUGGGAUGUAGAGAGAGGCGUUUGUAUCCACACAUUAACCAAACAUCAAGAACCUGUCUAUAGUGUAGCCUUUAGCCCAGAUGGAAAGUACCUGGCCAGCGGCUCAUUUGACAAAUGUGUCCAUAUAUGGAAUACACAGAUUGGCUCUCUAGUUCACAGCUACAGGGGGACAGGAGGAAUAUUUGAAGUUUGCUGGAAUGCCAGAGGUGACAAAGUAGGCGCAAGUGCAUCUGAUGGAUCAGUGUGUGUUCUGGAUCUGAGGAAGUGAAGCCAACAAUCCAAUAACAAAGUUUUAAAGGACCAGCAUCGAAUGUGCACUGUCUGAAAUCACAGAUUCCGGUUCUGUACACAUCUGUACACAAGUCAGAAUAUACAUCAUAGCCGAACACUUUAGGAUGUCCAUGGUUUCAUGGACCCAUUUUACUAGACAUCCUUCAGGAGUUGACGGUUUUCCAGCCGGUCUUACUGUAUUUCAGCCUCAGAAUUAGCACGCCAAUUUUUGGAUUGACAGACAUGUUUGGUUUGAGUUGUUUGCUAUGGAAAAAACUGUGCCAAAAAGUGUAAACACAGUGAAAGUCAACAUAGAAUGAAAAAGGAAAAGGCUGCAAUGAACCAAAAGGGAAAACCAAUUUCUAUUAAUUUGUUUUACGUCAAACCCAAUUUGAACGCAAAGGACCUAAAAAGAACAGUUUUUAAUAAACAAUCCACAUGACUUUGUAUGACACUUUCUAUUUUCUAGACUACUUUUUGUUGCUUUCGUUACCUGUUCAGUGGUUUUUUACCAUCUCAGAAUAGUGGAUUAGAGGAAUAUCCAAGGGUUAUGUAAGGCACUAAUGUUGCUAUCAAUUCAGCUUUUUCCUUUGUCCAUAAUCAAUGUGACCUGCUGGCUAGUACCACACUUGAAGAAGUGCUUAACCUUGCUCCUUGCAGAAACCUUCUUUCUGGUCACUACCUUCUUAGAAGCUCUUAAUAAGUUCAGUAAUGGAGUAUCCAGCAUUGCUUUUUCAUAGCAAAGUCCUCUUCUGCACUGAGGAGUUUUCCCCUCCACGGCUUAGCUUUUAAGGGCACUUUUCAUGACACGGUGUCACAUGCUUUUUAUAAGAAUGCAACGCCGGAAAAGCUUUUUACAAAAAGAAAGAUGAACUUUUAAAGAAAAAGAACUCACUGUAUUUUUUGAAAAGAAAUAUUUUUUAUGUUAAAAAUCUUAAUUCUAAAAAUGAGAAAAAUGCUAAUGUUGGGAUUGUCUAAGUCAUGCAAAAAAAAAAGUAAAAAAAUGCAAGUUAUAUUAAAGACUUGGUACCCUUUUUGAUUUGAGUUUGAUCUCU